UCUUCGUAAAGAAUCAUCUGAACGAUUUGAUAAAACCUUUAAUUAUUUUGAUGGGUUCGUUAGGGUGUCUAAUGAUUUUAUGCUAUUCUGGUCAAAUAUUAACAGAUGAAAGUCAAAAUAUAUUUUAUCGAGCAUACGCGGCGGAAUGGUACAAAUUUUCGCCUAGAUUAAAAUGUGUUUUAAUAAUGAUGCUUUAUAAAUCUAAUGUACCUCGCGGAUUAAAAGCAGGUAAAAUGAUUCCAUUAUCUAUAUCAACUUACGAGACGGUAGUACGGACGGCCAUGUCUUACUUUACGACGUUUUUAUCAUUCCAAAAGUUUAACUAAGUGUUCUAAUAUUUUACCAAUGUACAAUGCGUCUGAUUUCAUCAUUAAUAGUAAUUAUAGUAUAGAAGCUUACAAUGUUACUAGAAAAUGCAAUUAUAGUUUAUUUUAUUCAAUC